AAAAAAAGAAAAAGAAAAAAAAGAGAAAACCUUCAAAUGGUUACUUUUUGGUCCUAUAAAUUCAACCUUACCCCUUUCACUUCUCUUUCAUGUUCUAUCUAUUCUCUACCUUCCCUUUUUCUAUCCUUCUUUUUUUUCCUUUUUACCGUCACUUUGCCACCCUCUUAAGCAUUAUCACUUAAGGUACAUUUUAAGCAUAUGCUUUUCUCAAACAUGACUCAAUGAGUUAAGAAAUAAUAAUUAUCCUCAUUUAAGCAGAUGAUUUUCUCAACACUCAAAAACUCCAUUCCUAGUUAAAUAUAAAAGUAGACAAAAUCCUCUGUUUUCCCUCUGUUCUUGUUCUGUUUAGUUCCUUUUUAGUGCACAUUGUUUCAAAAACAUGACCUCAACUUCCACACUGCAUCAAGGGUUACAAUCUUGUCUAGAACCUACACUUGUAAUGAACAAAUUAGCUCCUCCUAGAUCAAAUUUCCCACAACCUAUGACAUUGCCGCAAAAGUGUAAAAUCGGUGAAAUUCAAGAAGAAAAUGACAAUGUUGGUGGCUGGAGCUUUAUCCAAGCACUUGCAAUUCCUUGUCAAAACUCGAGAAAAGGCGAUCCAGAGGAAGAAGCCUAUGUUCCUCCUCUGGUGAAACUCUCUUCUCUCAACACAAAGAGUUUGAAAAUGUGCACUGAAAGCUUAGGAAGCGAAACAGGCAGUGACAUUACCGAAAACAUUGAGGAAUUCUCUUGUAAUUUUUCUCUUCAUGGAGUUGAACGGUCAAAAUGUAGAGAAUUUGCGAAAAAAAUCAACAAGACAGCUAGUUUUCCACCUCCUCUAACUUCAAUGAAUGGAAAUGAAGGUGUACAAAUUAGGCCUCAUCGCGAAGGUGGUCGUUUAGUAUUAAAAGCAAUGUCAAUCACUUGUUGCAACUCUAAUUUCCGAGUUGAACGUGCUAAUGGUAGGCUCAAGCUUUCGUUGUUAAAACACGACGAAUGUACUAGACAUGGAGAAGAAGAUGCAAUUAUCCAAGAGAAUGAUGAAUUCAAUGAAAAUUGUAGUAGGAAAUUAGCAAGUGAUAUAGGGGUUGGGGAGUAUUCAAGUAGACCAACAAGGUGCAAUGCAAGUGGGAAUAGGAAUAAAGGGAUUCCAUGUUGGGAGCCAGUUUGGGUGGCUAUUUCCUAAAAGCUAGAAAAGUUUUCUUUUGGAGCUUUGGUAGUUGAAGAAAUCCCUCUCUCUCUCUUUCUCUCUCUCACACACCCACUUGUCUUUCUUCAUCAUUGUUGUUACUUAUUAUGUUUUUUUUUUUAUAUUUAUUUUUAAUUUUCCCAUUUGGUUAUGUAAACGUUAGUUAUUAUGGUUAUUGGACAUGCUAUCCAAUACACUCAUUAUUGAUAAAAAGGAAAA